AUUUAGGGUACAAUUGUCCAUGGCGGCCGCGUCUUGGAUCGCACAGCGCGCUCCCGCUCGGAAUGGCGCCAGGGCGAGCUUGGAAUCCCCAGUUCUUGGUGGCGCCACGGCGAGCUCCAUCGGAUGGCCGCUUUGCUACUGCGGGAGCAAGUCGGAUGGCAUCUCGUUUUCACUCUCUGAAACUUAUGAGGAAGCACGGCUCGCUAGAAAAUCUAGUAAGUGCAGCGGCAAUUCGGACGGUUGUGAAGCCAUACAUGCAAGAUGCUCUCAAGGAGCAUUCCGUGUUGCUUGAGAAAAACUUGGAAGUUUUGUCCUUACGCAGAGAUAUUAACGUAGAGCUACCAGUUGAGUGGUGCUUGUCCAGGGAUAAGUCAAACGAUCUUGCUGCAUUGCAGUGGCUGGAGAAAGAAAUUGAAAUGCUGCAUUGUGUCUAAACAGAGAGAUAUUGACGUAGAGCUGGUGCUUGUCGAGGGAUAAGUCAAGCGAUCUUGCUGCAUUGAAGGAACUUGAAACGUUGCAGGUUGUUUAGCAGCGGUGAGCUGAUCAGGCUCAAGAAUCCAUAGUCUGUCCUUGAUGGAAGCGAAGGUUGGUCCACUUCUGCAGAAACCUCAGGGUCUUUCAAAUGAAGUGUACAGACGAAUGCAACGUCAGGGAUUGAAACCAGCCAUUGGCAUUGUUGUUGGUGCUCUCAAGGUAUGUAGAAGCAUGAGAGAUCUACAACUAGGCAGGAGAAUGAACAGGGAUGUUUCCGAGACAGGUGACUUCUCAAACAUUAUCGUCGCCAACAUCCUGCUUGAUCUGUACGCGAAAUGCGGAAGCAUGAUAGAUGCUCGUGGAACAUUUGACAGCAUGCCGCAUCGCGAUGUUGUCUCCUGGAAUUCGAUCGUACAGGGAUAUGAUAUGCACAGAGUGGAAAUGGUGAAAUGGCUCUACAGUUGUUUGCUCCUCUGGGAGACGAAGGGUACAAACCGGAUCGAGUAUCAGUUCCUGGUGCUCUCAAGGCUUGUUCCAGCUUGAUAGAGAAGGAUUCCGGGCAGGCUUUGGAUGGUCAACGGGUGGUAUUCUUAGAGAGGAGCAGGGAGAUUCACAGGAAAGCAGUAAAACUUGGCUUAGACUCGGAUCUCUUCGUCGCGAGCACCUUGAUUGAUCUUUACGCAAAAUGUGGGAGCUUGACAGAGGCUCGUCGAGUUUUCGAAGGAAUGAGCCAUCGUAGUGUGGUGA